UUUACGUGAAGUAAAUAUAUGGAAAACUGCAAAGCGGUGCGUCAUUUCAAUAUGUUAACGUUACAUUGUUCAGCAGGUCUCACUGGACUUUACGAAGCUAAGCGAGUUAAUUGUGUAGGGUGAGGCACAACUUUUGCCGCUAGUUUUCCCUCUCCCGUGAAGGGGGUUUGUUUUGUCAGGGUUAGUGCAUCCCGAGGAGAGGAAGAUGGGGAACACCAGCAGCGAGCGGCAGGGGGACCACAAGUCCCAACGGAGGGACAGCAGGGGCGGGUACUCCAAAGACGGGGACCAGUCGAAGAUACUGAUGGACAGCCCAGAGGAUGCGGACAUCUUCCAAGCAGAGGAGAUGAAGGCUCCAUUAGAGAAGGAGGAGUAUCUCGCCUGGAAGCAUGACCUGGAGGUGAGUGACAAAGACCCGACUCAAGACAGGCCCACAGUGUUUCGCUGGACUGGAGGCGGGAAGGAUGUUUUCCUAGCAGGGUCCUUCAAUAACUGGAACAACAAAAUCCCUCUCACCAAGAGCCAUAAUAACUUUGUAGCUAUCCUGGACCUGCCAGAAGGGGAGCACCAGUAUAAGUUCUAUGUAGAUGGGCAGUGGACACAUGAUCCCUCCCAGCCGGUGGUGAGCAACCAGCUGGGAACAGUCAACAACGUGAUCCAGGUGAAGAAGACGGACUUCGAAGUGUUUGACGCCCUGAUGGUCGACUCCCAGAAGUGUUCUGAUGUGUCAGACUUGUCAAGCUCUCCUCCCGGCCCGUACCUCCAGGACGCCUACAUCAGCAAACCAGAUGAGCGUUUCAAGGCUCCUCCCAUCCUCCCUCCUCACCUGCUGCAGGUCAUCCUCAACAAGGACACGGGCAUCUCUUGUGAUCCUGCAUUGCUGCCUGAACCUAACCACGUGAUGCUAAAUCACCUGUAUGCCCUUUCCAUCAAGGACGGUGUGAUGGUUCUCAGUGCCACUCAUCGGUACAAGAAGAAGUAUGUAACGACUCUGCUGUACAAACCUAUAUGAAUCCGGAAGUCCCGCCACCUUGACUGAUUUGAUGGAAACACACAGAGGGAUCAAGCUCUGCUUUUCAGUGUUUAGCCAACAUUAUUGCAUUCCAGUUUGGCUGCUUCUUUCUUUUUCAUCUUCCAAACCCCGGAAGUCUGACUGAAGCAGGCAGCUGAUGCUACUCUGUGAAACUUGCCACCAGAUCUCUGAAGUACUGGCAAGGUCCAGAAGAGAUGCCUGGAUCCUUUUCAAACUCUUUCCAUCCAAGCAGUUCUCUUUCUUUCCAGGGAGGAAAAGACUGAUGCCAGUUUAAAACCCUUUUCUAUGUAUCUUGUGCUCGAGUGGGUUAGACAUGCACUAUGUGCUCACUGAUUUAUUAUUUUUUUACAUCAGAUUAUUAUUGUAGUUUUGGCCAAUGUUCCUGUUGUAUUUUCUCUUGAAUUUUCGUAAGGAUGUACAAUAAGCAAACAGUCUCCAAUAGGACCAGCUUUAAAUGGACUUGGCUAUAGUAUAUCUAUAUUGACUGAUUUAA